CACAUGAACAAAUAUUAUUACUUUUUCCGCCCAGUCUACGCAGGCCAAGCCCCACGCAAGAAGAAAAUUCACGCAAACUCAACCACAUCCACUGCCAACCUUCAACGAACAACUUUCCUGUAACCUUCCUCAACAACUCCUUCCCCACUCGCCUAUACUCAUCAGUCCUACAUUACUCGAAGAUUUCUCUCACAUUGACUCAACCUACCAUGAUUAUAGCGAAGACGAUGAUUACGAUCGUGCUUCUCCAAGCUUACAACAUCAUGAACACAACUAUCUUCUGAGAAACUAACCCUCGUCUUCUCAACCGCUGACUUUCUUUUCCGUUCAGGACUUUUUUUUCGGGCACAGCCAGGGUAUACUUUUUCGUCGUCUGAACCGUGAAAGUGGGAUUUCUCGGGGCACUCCCGUUUGUGAAGUUUGGAUCUCCCUUAUUCAUGGCUCUCUGGUCUCCUCCUGACUGCUUGAAGCAUCUUAGAAUAUGUUAUGUCAACACAGUCUUCUUUAAGUAAGCUUAAACCAAAAAACUUCAAGUACAGCCCACACAACCACCACGAGAGGGGUGAAAAAAAGCUAAAUAUUCUGAGCACCCACGAUAAUCUCCCUCGGGGGAUGUCAUACCGAAAUUCCUGCCACGUAUUGUUGUUUUUAAGCACAAAGUUACACAAUGGGCUAUCUGUGUUGUGCCCACCACGGGUAUCAAAACCAGGUUUUAAGGGUUAUAAGUCUUCAGACUUACUGCUGAGCCACUGAGGGGUAAACCCAGAGAAACCGAGUACUACUAAUAACUGCCACGAAACAAACAAACCAAUUGCAGUAUAUUUUUCGGUUUAUUUUGUUACAAUGUCGCCACCAAAGAAAGCGCAAGGAUGGCCUAGUAAAAAAAAAUAUAAAUCAACGUGGUUGGUUUCUGAAAGAGAAAUGGAACGACAAAAAUCUCAAAGAUGGAAAAUGACAUUCAUGUUUCUUCAGACCAAAUCAUUACAGAAUUCAACACUUAUGAAGAAUUUCUUGAUUCUCAAAUUACACCUUUGGAUCUAUAUUAUCUAGAGGAUGAAGAAGUAGCUAGGCAACUAGUAGAACUAGGGUACCGAGGAAGUGGUGAGGUUCUUAAACGUGAAGAUUUUGAAGCCAAAAAACGAGCUAUAGAAGCCAGCAGAUUAGCCAGUAGGAUGCACCAGAAAAUACUUGCAAGUGCUGGAAAACAGUUGCAAGAUACUUUUCUCAAGGCUCUGGCUGACAGAGAAGAUGAUAAUCGCAGAGGAAACUUAAAUACUAUAAUUUUUCUUCGUACUUGUAAUAAUAGAAAACAGGAAGUGUCUGCAUAUAUUGAUUUUGCUCACAGUCUCCAGACUGAAGAUUGGGAAGUAUAUUUUUCUGGAAGAAAAAAACUCCUUCCCAAACUCUCAGAUCUAAGCUACUACAACUGGGAGACUCAAACCACAGCUUUCAAUCCUACUCCAUAUUACCAAGUGAUUACAGACAAUCGUGAUGGUCUCCUCUUUAUGAACAAAAAAGAUCGAAAAAUUCUGAAUGUUGAUCCUAAGGCCCAAAGCCCAGGAGAAGACUCUGUACGUAUUUCUGUUAAUUCGUCAAUAUACCUACAGGUGGUGCUGUAUGAUCACAUUAGUAGGCAAAAGACAUAAAAGUCAUUUUACCAAAUUUUGUUGUCUACGUUUAACUUGAAAUACAAAUUAAUAAAAGGUACCAAGAACUGCUGAAUUAUUAUAUCAACAG